AUGGAUGUUGCAGUAAAUGACCGGAAUGAACGGGAUGAAGUUCCUGUUGUCACAGGUCGGAAGGCUGCAAGAUCUUUACGAUUAUUCCGAGGAGAUGGCAGCGCCGCAUUAGAGACAUUAAUCGAUAAUACCGACGAUCAUACGGAACGAUCGCCGAUAAAAGACCCAUUGCAUGCCGAUGACUCGGUUGUUGACGUCGAUACGCCAACUGUUCCCGAAAAUGGACCGAGUGAACUUAAUCCGGUAUCAUCAGCUACAUAUUUCCCGCAUCAUACCGAGCGUACCAAUAUGGCGCGGUCCGGGUCGGUGACGCAACAUUUGACUGCCGAUUUGGAAUUCGACCAUUCCGGUGCGUCAAUUACCAAGAUCCAAAAACGGCCCACCGAUUUGACAACAAAACUUGGGAAUGUAAGGAUCGAUGAUUUGCGUAAACCGGAGAAAAAAGUUUCGUUUUCCGAGGAUCUGAAUUCACAGCAACCUUUGGAAACCGAGGUUUUUCCAUUAGCGGUAGAAUUACGACCUUUCAAAAAUAAAGUUGGCGGCCAUACAGCAAUCUUCCGGUUCUCACGCCGGGCGGUAUGCAAGGCACUUGUCAACCGGGAAAAUUUGUGGUAUGAAACCAUCGAGGUUCGACAUCCGGAACUUUUAAAGUUUGUCCCGAAAUACAUCGGCGUUCUCAACGUGCGCUACUCCAGCAUUAUAUCAGAAGAUGACAAUACUCAACCAGCCUAUAAAGAAUCCUCGGAAGACGAUGAUUUGCCCCCGGAAGUUGUUCUCCACGACAAUCGUCAUAUCAUUCCGGAACUUUUAUGGAAAAAAUAUUCAAGUUCUGCACCAUCACCGACCGCAUCUUAUUUGGGAGACACACCACCGGUUCUAUCCAGCAUGUCCGAGCACAACACGCCGCACCACGCUGCAGUGCAAGAUGAGGACCCUCGGAAUUCCAAUGUCGGGUCGACGUCCGUCAACACAGACUUGCAGGUAGAGGUGCUUCUGGAGGUGUUUCAGCCGCGCAGAGCGAGUAACGAUCACGACAACAUUUUUACUAUGGACGACUACGACGAAAAACGGCGCGAAUCUACGGUUUCUACAGACGGUCCCAAAUUGCGCAAACAUACGCGAUUCGAGAGGUAUUUGUUGCUAGAGGACUUGACGGCAGAUAUGGCAAAGCCAUGUGUUCUCGACUUGAAAAUGGGAACCCGUCAAUAUGGAGUGGAAGCCAGCGCUGAAAAACAACGGCUGCAACGUCUUAAAUGCUCGCAAACAACGUCGCGAGACUUGGGUGUGCGGGUGUGCGGACUUCAAGUUUGGAAUCGCGCUAGUGAAAAAUUCUUUGUGCGCGACAAGUAUUUUGGCCGCAAAGUGCGAAAAGGGCCAGAUUUUUGUAAAAUAUUAUCCAAAUUUUUGUAUGAUGGUCGACUGAUUUAUUCAGUAGUGAAACAAAUUCCGCACGUGAUCGACCAGUUACAGCAACUUUAUCGAAUUUUCGAAAAUCUUGUGGGGUACCGGAUGUACGGACUGUCAAUUCUUUUGAUGUAUGACGGUCUACCAUCAGACGGUGAUAAUCCCAUCAAGGUUCGAAUAAUCGAUUUUGCCCAGUCGGUGAUUGGCGGUGACUUUACGAUAAAAACCGCCAAUGUACCACCCAAACACCCACUGAUGCCAGACAACGGUUACUUACGAGGGCUCCGGUCACUUAUUGAGUAUUUUGGGAUUAUCUACAAUAUUUUAGUGGGGAACCACGUUGCCAGUGUGGCCGAAAUGGGCCGGCAGUUGGCGGCAAACCGAACCAAAUUGGAGCAGGAGAGCAACCGGUGGAUCGCUGCAUAUGGCGAAGAAGAACCGGUUCAGGAACGCAAUGACCCAUUUGAGCGCGCAUAUCCUGACAAUGACGACGAGGAGGUGUCAGACUAA